ACGCUGCGGAAACAGCCAUAGUUCAAACAUUACUUUUCGCAUUAUCCAUCCGCGAUUCCGAUAGUCUUGGAAACCUAAAGCCUGAUCUACAGACUGCGGUCAACAAUACAUCUAAAAAGUAUUCCUUACCAUUGGAAAAUCUUUCCAUGAAAGUCGGCUGCAACGAGCGCCAUGUCACGACAUGGGAUGAGCCCGACCACGCGUUCUACCUCUUCCCAGCGCGACUCCUGAUUGCAUGUACCUCCGCACAUGAUUUCGACCCACAGCUUGUUCCGGCCGUCACUCUCGUUCAUCUUGUUUGCAGUACAGUGGCAAUAAAUGGUCCCUACAAGUCCCAUAGCCAAAUCUCGUUCAGGACGUUUUACGAUGGCGCUACGAUACGCUACGUAAAUGAUACGCCCACACCCGAUUUGUCUCGAGGAAUUCAUAUUAAGGAAGUCCCAUGGUGUUAUAGCAAGGACGGUGAUGAUAAUGUCGGGUGGUGCAUGCGCUUCUGGAUUCCAAUCCCGUUCGCACUCUUUCAGCGAGCGGAGACCAGGACUUUCAAGAUAGAUGCCAAGGUACAUGUGAAUGGAGAUGAAGGUAAAGAAGGGGAACCGUUAUUGCAGGCUUGAGCAUCUGUUGAUGUAAAGAUCGAUCACUACCUAUUAGCGUUGCAUCAAACAUUCACGUGUCUCCUUCCCAAGUACAACAUGAUACAUGAAG